AAGAAACUCAGCGUAAGGAAGAGGCGGUUGGUUGAGAUGAGCGAGCGUGUGUGAUUCCUCCUCCGUCAGUCCGAGUUCCAACUGACCAAAUUCUGGGUUUCUGAUUUGUGCUUUGAGAGAGAGAGAGAGCUGCAAGCACAGACUCAUCAUCAAUUAUCGGAUAGAAAAAUGUGGAUGUCAGUUCUGCCGGAGGAGCUGUGGAGAAGAAUACUGGAAAUUGGGGUAGUUGAAACCCCGAAUUUGCUAAACUUCAAAGACCUGUGUUGCCUCUCCAUCACUUGCAAACGCCUCUACAGAUUGUCCAACGACCCUUCUCUCUGGUCCUCUUUACUCUCUUCCCUAUAUAUAUAUAUAUACCUAAGCAAAAUGUUUUAUUUUUUUUCCCCUGCUGUUUGUUGGAAUCAAAUGGAUGUUCGUUGGAAUCAAAUGGAUGUUCGUUCAUUGAUUCUGGAACACUGGUUUGAGAGAGGGAAAGCUCGAAAACUUGCAGCUCAUCAUCGCGCUGUUCUUAGAAUUGAGAGUCAAAUUGCGGAGCAUUCCAGAAAGCUGCAAGAGAUACAGCUUCGGUCAGUGGAGGAGACUGAGAAAAUGAAGGCAACAGGUGCAGAACUAUCAAACUUGCGCAAAGUUAGGCAAGCUUCAGUGGCCUUAAAUGUGUGGCAGCCAGAGGUUGUUCGGGGUAGGCAUAAACAAAUAGUUGAGCAAUGUGUUGUACCUGCUGACUCUCGAAUCCAUGCACUUGAGAUGGAACUAAGGCUCUGCAAGCAGCAAAUUACUGGUCUUGAUAAGGCUUACAGAGAUGAGAAGAGAAGGCUUAAUGCAGCAAAGGAACAGUUGGCAUCCGUAAAGUAUCACCCCGUGAGAGAUUACAGCUCGACUAGUGGCAGGGUUGAUGAAUGUUGCAUUAAGAGGAAGAAGUUGAAAAACGAACACAUCAACUGUAACACAUCUCGUUGACCGAUUUCCUGCUGGAAUAAAUUUUUUUAUCUUGUUGUGGCCAUCCAAACCUCUGGAUGUAUGCUUUGAGGAAGUUGUAAUCCUUGUGUGCUAUCAAUGAGUUAAAAGGCGACUUUCAUUGAUCCUGUGGAGAUCUUCAAUCAAUGCCUCCAAGGGAAAUGCUUAGCUUGUGGCUAAAGCCUAUGUAUGAAAUAUGCAAGUUAGAACAUUUUUGGGAGUGAACUUGACUUGGAGCCAUGUAUUGCAGAGCUCAGUUGAAAGUGGGGAUGGUUAAAUGGCAAGAAUAUUGGCUUAGAUCCUGGUUCAGGUUUGUCACAUUGGUUUUCUGAUAUUUGUGUUUGUAGAAAUCUCCAUGUUUAUUAUUUGUAACUCUCUGUUUUGUUUUGUUUGUUUGUAUUUUUUUUUUUUCCAAUUUUUUUUACAAGCUUCCUGAAUGAAAAAAAUUGGAAAUUGUUGAACGACCCAUUGUUUGACAAACCCUGUUUGUGUGAGUUGUAAUGAUAAAUGUUUUUAUGCUUCUCAACCUUGAAAGAUUACUACUUGGGUUGUUUGGAAAUUGAUUUUUUGGUGGCUUUUGAGUUUUUUUA